AUGAGCGCAUCGAAAAGCGAAAAUGUGUAUUUUGUCGGAAACCCUUUAGAAGUGUGUGAUUGUCGAUAUACCUAUUUUCUGCAAAUUUUUUUGCAAAAUCUUCAGAAUCUUCUAUUUUGGGAGAAUGGAGGACCUUGUACCGUCAAUCGCACCACAAGAAGUAUAUAUUCCACAAAAACUGAAGGCUUUUGUAUCGGGUACGUUUCCGGUCUAAAACCAUCUGUAAUUUUAAUUUUGAAGAACCGCAAGGGUGCGCCCUCGUCGCUGCUCUCGAAGGGCAGUUCAAGUGCACGAUCACUGUCAUAAACGAUUCACUGACUGUCAGCAGCGGAACGGUCGGAGUGCCGGUCGACAUCACUCAAAUCGAGGCCAUCAUUCGGGAUGUCUGGCAAAAACGAGACAUUCAGCUGUGAGAUUGUGCAUUAGAUAUGAAGUUUGAAUACAUUUUUCUACUUUCAGAAUGAUCCGAGAAGCCGCAUUGAAUGCGUCAUGUAAUAAUGUCUGUCAGACGAUUCUACCACGCGCCUAUUGUGCGGUCGUCGUCUUCUUCUCGGCCGAUUUCCAACGGCGUUCUCGGUGUAAUGACAUUAUUGUGGAACAUUUCACCGGCAAAGUUUCGAUAUUCGGAGCAGAACUGUCUGUGAAUUUAGCAAGAGAAGCGAUGAUCGAAUGCCUAACGGAGCACUUCGGUCCCCUGGAAAUCGAAAUUCCGCUCGCUCGGCGGACCACCAGAAUGGGCUACAGUUUGUUCUUCCAGCGCAUUCAUUUCCUAUCGCGUGCAUUCAGAUCUCAAUUCGUUCAAUCCUGAAGUGUCUCAGUCCCAAAUGCCGAUUGGAGGUCAGAAUCCAUUCAUGAACGGCAUGUUUUCGGUCAGUCAAUGCAGAUGUUUAACUGCAAUCUGAAAUUCAAUCCGAUGGAGUUGCACUCAGGUCAAUUUCGUUUUACAGAUGGGCGAGCCAAACGCGAUUCUGACAUCGACACCUGUUCCGCCGCCACCUUCAAAACCUCCAGGCUUCAACGAAACUCUGCUAUCCGCCAGUUUCGAUAAUCAGCUGAUGUUCCCUACUGUACAGCCGGAUUUCACAAUUCCACCACCACAAUCACCGACUCCGAAAACGAAUAACGUAGAGAAAGCCAAAUACUGGGUAAGAGUACUCUUAUUCGAUUUCAGCGGUACUGUGUGACUUCAGAUUCCAAGCGAAGACGUCGGCAAGAUUCUCGGCAACCGUGCAGCCAUGAAAAAGCAGAUUGAAGGUCAAUUCAACUGCGUUAUCACUGUUCACGCAGAGGGAUUCCCUCAUUUUGGAAUGACUGCUGUUGAAAUUAUGGCUCAGAACAAAGAUCAAUGCCAAGGAGCCCGUGACGUCAUCAUGUCUAUGAUGACAUCGAAUCAAGAAAUGCCGCCCGCCAAGUCUCCGUCCACCGACUCUGGCUUCAACAGCCCCGCGACGAAUGGUGACAGCUCGGCGACCACUCCGGAGAAGCGUAGUGGCGCAAGCACUGCUGGCCCGAGAGUCUUCCGGAGCAGCUUCAGAGAUCAGCCGAAGGUGAUGCUCGCAUUGACGCCUCGCAAGACGUCCUCCUAA